AUGUUUCUCGUAGCCACGUCACGACGGAACGCGGCUGCGAUGAACCUGGGCAUCGCUGCGCACGCGUCUUACGCUCUCGGUAUCCAUCAGCGGGAAGUUUCGAAGUUGUUCAAAACUGAUGAGCAUCAAGUAAGAGAAAAGGCUUGGAAGACCAUGCGAGCCCAAGACGUUUUCUUGAGCGGUUCCCUAGGUCGACCUUUGGCAGAAGCCGAGACGCGCUCCGUGAUGGAGGGCGGCUCUUGCGCAGUGGUCAGCCUUUGCUGGAUCACAGAACGUAUCGCCACCGAGGUCUAUUUCCAGCGGGUCGCCUCGAUGGAGACUGUGGAGGAAAUUCGCAAACAUCAUCGGAAAUGGGUUUCCCUCCUACCGCGAGGAACUUGGACGGACGGUAUCUUGCCAAUGCUCCACGUGGAAGACCCCGGGAGGCCCAAUCUUGGGCUCUGUCACUUAUGUUGUGAAUAUUAUGUCAGCAUUCUGCUGUCGACCAGACCAUUCUUGCUGAACCUGUCAAUCAAAGCCGCCAAAGAGCCUGACACCGUGGAAUAUUCACCACCUAUCGAGUCAUCUGCCGUACCGCUGGAGCGAGCUCUGGUCUAUGCUUGCAUCGCCUCUGCCAUCCGUAUCACCGAGACAAUUCGUCCCUUGUUGACACAUGGAGCCCUUCAGAAACGACUGCCCUUUAUCUUCAGUCAACUCGGUCAAGAAACUCAGUUCAAGGCUCCCCCAGUCAAUUCGGACUCCACGGGACAGUCAUUACCAGUCCAAGAAGAUAGUCCUCAAACUGGAAACGAUGAGUGGCAGACAGACGCUGAGAACGACGGGUUUCUCUUUGACGCUGACGUGUAA